CUCAAACCUUAAUUAACCUAAAUUAAUCUAAACCCUCGUCUUCUCCAUCCUUAAGCAAAUCGCUCUAUUCCGGAUAAGGAUCCUCUUUUUCGCCCUUCUUUCGGUUAGUUAAGACCAAUUUUAUAAGCUCAUGUUUUUGAAUGGCUCAUUCCGCCGAUUUGCUGCAUGUUCAGUGCGUGUAGGGCGAUUUGGUUGCUCUCAAGGUGCAUGUCCCAUGUUCAAUGAAUAUCACAGCAAAGCUGUCGACAUGGAGCAGCCGUAUUAUGGAAAAAAGAAAGAACUGUUACAGAAUGCACUUCACCAUGUGCCAGAGCUUGGAUUUACCAACGAAGCGUUAGCCCGUGGUGCUCAGGACUCUGGUUAUACCAGUCUACCGGCUGUUCUGUUUCCCCGAGGAGGAUUGGAUUUGUUUGACUUCUUUCACUAUGUGCAGCGUAAGGCGCUCCAUGAGCUCAAGCCUCACUUAAGUACCAUUCCGUCGAUGAAGGAACGGAUUAUCGAGUUGCUAUGGGCCCGUCUAUAUGCCAACAGAGACGUAAACAGGCACCUUCCGUCAAUACUUGCCUUAAGCAGUCGUCCUCUUAAUAUAAGGCACUCGCUAAAGACACUUGGUCUACUGGCAAACGAAAUACUAUUUCUGGCCCAGGACAGCUCAAAUGAUUUUCAGUGGUACACAAAGCGGGCGGCUGUCGCCUCUAUUUACGGUCUCUCUGAGUUGUACAUGACUCGUGAUACUUCGCCCGACUUUGGUGACACGUACCGUUUUGUCUCGCACCGGAUGGACCAUGCUGCUUCGCUAAACAGCAUACGCCGCGAAAUUGGCUCUUGGCUGACCUUUCAGUCGCGCGCUGUCAGCAAUAUAAUGCGCUCUAAGGGAUUUUAAGCUGUUCCCCGUCACGACUCUUCUGCUUUAAUGAACGCCUCUUCUCUGUAUGAAUACAUGCUUCGUCUUAAUCUUGUUCUCCCAUUGCUACUACUAUAGUCUUUAU